AUGAGCACCAGACCUUGUAUGUUCUUCCUAGCAGGCACAUGCAGGAACGGAACCGAUUGCCGCUUCUACCACGAAGGCUUCUCUGGAAUCCCACGCAACGUUCUCACCGGAGACUCAGGCAUGUCGGUCUCAACAACUGCACAGCUUAAUGGCACAACAACAACGACAUCAGCGCCAGCAGCAGUCGGUGGGCGAAGCAAUUCCAGAACUUCCCCAACAUCACCAUUGUCCGCCUCUUCUUCAAGCGCGUCUGCAGCACAAACACCAACAUCUUCGUCUUCCUCAGCAUCAUCAUCAAACACGCGCCCGGCCUAUGCUGCAUCGCGACCUUGCAACUGGUACAUGGCUGGGUACUGUCUCCGGGGAGACAACUGCUGGUUCUCGCACGAUCGAGCUGUCAUCGAAGGAAGAUCUCGAGGCAACGGCGGCAGAGAGGAUGGAAUGACGACUAGCCCAGGAGAAGUGAACGGAGAACUCACCUCUUCAACUGCCGAUGCGACGGCUGCAAGUGCGCGCAACAACAGUAAUAGCGGCGAGGACGACAACGAGGACCACAAAUGCGCCAUCUGCCUUGAAGUCCCCUCGACCUUCGGACUCUUGGGUAAUACAUUACAACCUGCACUGUCAAGCCUUUUGCCCCUAUCAAAGAACAUCGAGCAGGACAUCCGGUCGUCAGUGCAGGACCGAACAUCAGUAACAAAGGCAUGCCCCAACUGCAGAACCCAAUCUCUCUUUAUCGUCCCCUCGUCUUACUUUCCCUCAACCCCCGAACAAAAGGAAGCCAUCAUUCAGAACUACAAGGUUGUCUCGGCAAGACGGACGUGCAAGUACUUCAAGGACUCUGGCGAACGUCAUUGGUGUCCCUUUGGAGACGACUGCUUCUUUGCUCAUCUUGACGCUCGAGGCGAGCCCUGCAAAGUCAACCUUCUAUCGAACCCACGACUCAACCGACGACGCGAUCGGUAUGGCAUUGGCGGUAGCAGGAGCCUGUUCCACCGUAGAGGAUUUGAGGGCUUCGGUGGAUACAGCGAUAAUUAUGGCAACGAACGAUAUCGUUCGGCUGCGAGACAGCGUGUGCAUCGGGAAAUGAUAGAGGAUCUGGCUUUUAUCCAAAUGUCGACCUCUAAUGUGACUCACAACCAUCUGGAACAGAUUCAAGGACUGCUGGCGCGGCUCGCUCGACUCGGUGUGGACGACUUGAACUUUAAUCCUCACGACCACACCCAUGUUCGCGCAAUCACGGAGGCUUUCGAGGAGUAUGUACCUAGCGACUUGCUCGAAGUUGACCCGGAGAGUUACUAUGACGAAGACGAUGACGACAAUGAUUACGUGGACGAAGACGACUUUGAGGACGAGGAUGUGGAUGAAGACGAUGACGACGAAGAUGUCGAUUCAGAGACGACGCUUGAACGGGACGAGCGCGAGGCCUACGAGGAGUUUGGCGACGAUUUGUACUUUCAAACAUAUUUCCUGUCGCCGUCGACGACAGCUCCUCGAUCUAACACGGCUGUUGCGAGCGACCCCAUGUCUGAUUAUGACAUUGAUGCCUACCACGACAGCGUCUGGGCCGAGUACGAUGACUAUUAA